AUGAGACUCGUGGCUCUGGUUGUGGUGUGCGGGCUCAUCGCUGGUCAGGACGGAUUCGACUCUGCUCGGAGGACGCGUGCAACAGGGUCGGUCCUCUCGGCACUCACACGGAGAACCACCGGAGAGUUCCUGGAGGAGGACCCCAACCCGUGUUUCUCCCUGAGGGAGAACGAGGAGCAGCGGCAGCUUCUGUGCAACGGUCGCAGGAGUCAAUUCAACUUCAACCCGUUCGGCCUCCGCUUUGGGAAACGCUACACCUACAGAAGAGCCGUUAAAAGAGCCAGGACUAAUCAACGUCCCCCCCUCCCUCUUCACCCCUCUCUCUUCUCACGGUAA